GGCCGGAGUCAAUGCAUCGGCGAACGCGGCUGUGGACAGAAGUGAAUAUUGUGUAAGAGCACACUUUGCCCGACCGCAAACGACGCGCGAUCUGUGACACAGCUAAAAGUGAAAUCGUGCAAAGCGGACCAUCAACACAAAUACGUCGCGCCGCGAAUAAGUACAGCAUCCGUGCAGCAGCGCCACAGUUAAGACAAUGCCAUUGAAGCGGCCGUACUGCGAGUGACUACGUGAAUGAAACCGAAUUUCUGAAGUCGUGAAUUUUGAUUCGAAUUUGGAAGAUGCGCUUCCAUUCGAAGACGCUUGUUAUUUAAUAAUUACACGCAAUCAAUUAACUGACAAUCGCGAAAGCAUACCAAUAAGUGUAUCUAAAGUGGAAUAGUGUUAAAGUCUUGUGCGCGGAAAGACGAGUUUGAGCCGGCGUCAUGAGUGCUUCCCUGGAGGGGUCAUGCGAGGUCAGCGCCGCCGUUGAUGAGCAGAAUAAUAAGAUCAAUGCAACUCAGCCAAAUGCCGAGGCUCGGAAGUUGUCGCUGAAAAAGGAUGUGCAAAGCAACAACGAAAAGAGCGAGAAACAACAAAGUACGACACAUACCACCAUUGAGGUGGAUGGCGCCAACCGAAAUCUUUCCAGCAAUGGCCACCAGCAGAGUAGUCUGAAUGGAACCCAAAAUGGUACAGGCUCAAGUUCUACUAAUCAGCAGAUAAGAACUGACGGAAGCAUGACCAAGUCCAAACUUCUUUUGCUGGCUCUAACAGCGAGUAUCGCAGUGGUUUUAGUCGCGCUGCUGUGGAGUUUCUUUGGUUGGACAUGCGGCCUGCCCGCUCUGAUUGUCGGCCUAUUUGCUAUAUUGGUGGUAGCAGUCGGCUGGCGUUGGUUUUAUAUAGCUGCUGUAACCGCUAAACGUGAUGCUACUGCUUUGUGGGCUUAUAUACGACUACUCGUGCUCAUAAAGAGGUAUGAGAGAAAUAACGUGUCUAUAAGUGACAUAUUUCAAAUGAACGUGGCAAAGCAUCCGGAUAAAACAGCAAUAAUAAGUGAGACGCAGUCUUGGACUUUUCGACAACUGGAUCAGUUUGCCAAUCGCAUUGCAGACAUAUUCCAUAGUCAUGGCUACAAAAAGGGCGAUGUGAUCGGUCUCAUGUUGGAGAACCGUGUCGAGUUCGUUGGCAUUUGGUUGGGUCUCUCGAAGCUUGGUAUUAUAACUGCACUCAUUAAUACCAACCUCAAGGAGCGGUCCCUGAUACAUAGCGUCACUGUGGCUAAAUGCUUAGCUCUUAUUUAUGGCGAAGACUUCGAAGUGACUGUGGAAAGGGUUGCAACUGAAAUUUCAGUAAAACUGUAUCAAUUUAAUAACGAAAUAAAUAAGGCAGUGCGAAACUCAGCAGAAGACUUGGCCACCUUGAUGAACUCAUCCACCCAUGUCACAUCACAACCGAGCGCAAUUCAACACCCAAAUCAUCAUGACAAGCUGAUGUACAUCUACACAUCCGGCACCACUGGUCUCCCCAAGGCUGCAGUUAUCUCCCACUCACGAUAUCUGUUUAUAGCCGCGGGCAUUCACUACACUCUGAACUUCAAAAACAAAGACGUGUACUACACGCCUCUGCCACUAUAUCAUACAGCCGGCGGAGUUAUGAGCAUGGGGCAAGCGCUGAUUUUUGGCUCGACCGUCGCCAUUCGGAAGAAGUUUUCAGCCUCUGGGUAUUUCAGUGACUGUGUGCGCCACAACUGCACCAUUGCUCAGUAUAUCGGCGAAAUGGCGCGCUAUAUCUUGGCUACGCCGGCAUCAGAAUACGAUCGUUCGCAUAAAAUUCGUAUGGUUUUCGGUAAUGGGCUGCGUCCGCAAAUCUGGCCGCGUUUUGUUGAACGCUUUAACAUACCCAAAGUUGGUGAGUUCUACGGCGCUACAGAGGGCAACGCCAAUAUCAUGAACAACGACAACACCGUCGGGGCAAUUGGAUUUGUUUCGCGAAUUAUACCCCAAAUCUAUCCAAUAUCCAUAAUAAAAGCAGACCCCGAUACUGGUGAGCCCACGCGUGGCGCCGAUGGUUUAUGUCAACGCUGUGGACCGGGUGAAUCGGGCGUAUUCAUUGGUAAAAUAAUCAAGGGCAAUCCCUCGAGAGAAUUUCUGGGUUAUGCUGAUGAGAGCGCUUCUACGAAGAAAAUUGCUCAUGACGUGUUUAAGAAAGGCGAUAUGGCAUUCCUAUCUGGUGAUCUUUUGACUUCUGACGAGCGCGGCUACCUCUUCUUUGUGGACCGCACAGGCGACACCUUUCGUUGGAAGGGCGAGAACGUAUCCACUGGCGAAGUGGAAGCUCAAGUCAGUAAUGUGGCCAAUUACAAGGAUACAGUCGUAUAUGGCGUGAUGAUACCGCAUACGGAAGGGCGAGCAGGUAUGGCUGCCAUUUAUGAUCCACGACGAGAGGUGGAACUCGAACGCUUUGCACGGGAUGUGUCGGAGGUGCUCCCUGCCUAUGCUAGACCGCAGUUUUUAAGGUUCCUAACUAACAUUGACCUCACAGGUACAUACAAAUUACGAAAAGUGGAUCUGCAGAAAGAGGGCUAUGAUCCCAAUGUUAUACGGGAUGAGUUGUACUACAAAACGGCUUCCGGCAGAUAUGAGACAUUAACAAGUGAUAUUUUCGACAAAAUAAAUAACGGCGCAAUUCGCUUUUAGGCGAGACUUAAUCACUAAAAUCAAAUUUCGUGAAACAUUUAAAUUAGUUAUAUGUAAUAUUAUAAAUAGAUGCUUAUAUGUAUGGACUAUCUGAGAGGUAUAACCUUAAUUGCUGUAAAAUAUAUUCAAAUAAUUUAAGUAA